AAAUAGUUGAACUUGUUACAGAAACAAGAUCAGAGUGAAAAAAAUAUCUCAAACAGAGGAAGAAGAAGAAGAAGAAGAAAGAUGCCUUCAAGCACAUUCUCCGGUACCGUGAGUACGCCGAAGCUUUCGGUGGCUGUUGAUAUGGGAAACCCUUUUCUCAAUCUCACCGUCGAUGCUUUCCUCAAGAUCGGAGCUGUUGGAGUCACUAAAUCUAUUGCAGAAGAUACUUACAAGGCCAUUGACAAAGGGAGUCUCUCCAAGAGCACUUUGGAGAAUGCGCUUAAGAAGUUGUGCAAAGAAGGUGUUUACUGGGGAGCUGCGGCUGGAGUCUAUGUUGGAACAGAGUAUGGAAUCGAACGUGUCCGUGGCACUAGAGACUGGAAAAACGCAAUGCUAGCAGGCGCGGCGACAGGAGCAGUGCUCUCUGCGGCUGGCAAGAAAGGCAAAGACACUGUCGUGAUCGAUGCCAUCCUCGGUGGCGCGCUUGCAACCGCUUCUCAGUUCCUUAACAAUCAUUAUUUCUACUGAUUCUCAAAUCUUUGUAUAGGGACCAAUUUGGUUUCCAAUGUCGGUUCUCUAUAUAUGGUGGAUGAUUUGCCUUUGUUUGCUCUUUCAAUAAAAAACAAUGUUGUAGUGUUUUUGAAUGAAUCAUUUGAAUUGAGUAUUGUGAACGUUAGUUGUGCAA